AUGUUCUUUAUUUAUGUCCGUAUCUUCAUGGAACUGAAGAAAAGAUCAAAAGCCAGACAAGCCAAAGUGCAGGUCCACACCCAGCAACAGCAAUUGCAGACCGACAAUAUAGAACAGCCUCCUCUCUCUUCUUCUCAAGGAGAAGAAUCCUUUGAGAUGCACUCUCUGAAUCAAGCAACGAACGGAAACAUGUGGCAAAAGGAGAACCAGAUGAAAGGGCAGUUAUUGUCCACAGAAACUGAUGAAUCAAUACCCACUGAUGAAGAUCGUGCAGAAAAGGGUACAACUUUAGUGCUGUCGACAGAGAGUGAUACGGCAUCCAACACUAAGGGGAGUCUGCAGCCGUUACAGUGUGCCACGGAGACGACAGACUCCGAAAGAGAGUUGCUGAUGGUCACCUCGACUUCUUACAGUGAUUCCGAGAAAGAGAAUCGAACAACACAGCCAGCAGCCGACAACAUAUCAACAACCAAGCCCACCGACAGUAUAACCAGCAAAUCUACAAAGAAUAUACGACAGAGAGCCCUCAAUAUUAUAAACGAAUUCUCCAAAAGCGGUGACUCCAAGUCGCGGAAGGGUAAGCACAGAGUCCAUAACUUGCAGAAGAUGCCUGAGAAGCCAACCAAAGCGUCCAUGAUGAACGCUAAUUUGAAACGCCGCUUUGAGCUUCGUGAGCAACGGGCCACCAAGAGAAUGGCACUUAUUAUGGCUAUAUUCUGUUUGUGUUGGAUCCCAUUCACACUUAUGUAUAUGAUCCGUAGUUUUUGCGGCGAUAAAUGUGGAAUAAAUCCACACGUGCAGGCCUUUAUUAUUUGGCUCGGAUAUGUCAACUCGACAUUAAACCCGAUACUUUAUACCAUUUUUAAUGAGGACUUCCGCAAGGCUUUUAUACAUAUUAUGUUAUGUCAUAAAGUCAAUGCAAAGUCUUGA